AUGGCGACUAUCUACAAAUUCCUCUCACUUUUCUACCUCUUGGCUGCAGCUGUUGCCCUUCCUUUGGAGACUGAUACCUCCGUCGAGAAAUAUCAAAUGAGCGACGAAGCUAGCUGGAAGGCGGAGAUCCAUGCGACUGGCGAGGACCCCAGUCCUCAGGCGGACUUGUGA